AUGCCACCUGUACUUAUGAAUGUAGAUUACAUGAGAAAAAAGAAAAGAGCGUAAUCAGCAAAACCAGAAGAAACCAUAUAAAGAGUCCUUAAAUAAUUUAGUGUGAGUCCUUAGAGAUUUCGAUUUACCAAAUUUAAUCAUAAAAAAUUAGGUGUUAUACAUCCAAUUCCCAGCAAAUUAAAAAAAGCCAAAACUUAAACAUCUAUUCCUCAACCUGCAACAUAUCAAUAUGGGGAUAAAGAAUUUAUGGAAGUCUUAGGAAAAAAGUGUCCAAUUACUGAUGUAGAACCAGACAUUCAUUAUACUAAAAACGACAAGAAAUAGCUCGAUGAACAUUUGGUUCAACCGUUCUUUUAUGUGUAAAAACUGUUUCCCAAGGGAGGCCAAUCAGUUAUGGAACACGAUGAUGUAUUUGUACCAUUCCAAACACUCAAAUAAUCGAAAAGAAAAAGGAAAAUGGUCGAUGAGUAAUACAUUAAGAUAUUGAAAGAAAUGAACAAAGAGGAAAGAUAAGAAUUUUACACCAAAGGAAUUAGAAUGAAUGUUGAAUAUGCAAUGAUAUUUAAGAGAUUUAUGAAAGGAUUGAUAAAAAAAGGGUUAUACGAUUAGGAUUACAAGUUUUCUACUGAAAAUCCUAAAAUUCAUAAAAAAGAAUUGCUAAAGAAAGGUUAAGAAAUGGGUUUAACACUAUAAAAGUAAAACUAACCCAUUUAAUAAAUUGAAAUUUCACCUAAGAAGAAAAGGUAGUCCAAAAAGUAAAAGCAAUAAUAUCACUAAAUCUAUAUAUCCAAAGAAAACAUGAUGAAAUUUCUUAAGUUUUGCUGUUAUGAUGAAUAAUUCUUAAAAAGCGACAUAGAUAUUCUAUUUUUGAAUGUCAAAAUGGGGGAUUCCCCUAAAGAUAUGCUUUUAGUAAAACUAGCAAAUAUGGAUUCCUUUCUAUUAGAUCUGAACGCAUUUCUUCAUAAUGCUUAAAAAUAUUUUAAACUUAAAUACAAGAUCAAAAAUUUACUGAGUGUUAACGCAGCCAAGCAAAGAAAUGUUUACAUUAAAUUUUCUCUCUAUCCUUUCCUAGGAGAAGGAUGGAAAGCUUUUAAGGUUUGCCUUAAACAAUUAGAAAGCACAGAAAAAUUGAUUCUUUCUAAGACUAAAUUGUAAUAGUACAUCGAUUUGAUAUAAGAGAGGGACACUCUUAUCAAUAUGAAAAGGGUGUGGUCUAAGAAUUUAUAAAGAACACCUUUACAAUAUAUCUUGUUAAAGUUCCAAAAGGUUAAAGAUAUCUAUGUUAAUGCAAUUAAUUACAAUGCUGAGAGAAUCGACUUCUUUAACCAAUUUCAAAUAGAUUUGUUUUUAUAUAAGGAAUAAAAGGUUGAUUAGAUCAAUAAUUCAAGAUUCUUUAGAAAUUAGAAUAUAUCAAGUAUAUCUUUAGAUGUGAGGACAAUCACUUUAGAUGAAGUUGUUGAGUUUUUAGUUGAGAAAUAGUUCAACAAAGAGGAAAGUGAUUAGAUUGUGGAUAUAUUUUAGAAGAUCUUAAAAUACUAUGGGUUAAGAAAAGCGCCAAGAAAAUCUAAAUGGCAAUUAGCUCCUGAAAUAGAGCCUAAUAAAAUCUUAACCUAACAAUAGAUUGUUGAAUACUUGAGUUAUUAUUCAUAAAAGUAAUUUGAGGAAUGGAAAAUAUUUAAGACUUUUAUUUAAGAUUUUCAUAGAUUUCAAAUUAAGAAAAUUAAUUUACCAGAAGGACGACUCUAACAUGUACGUUAAGCAUGGGAAUGUAAUAUAAUUGGAGAAUGGCUGAUUAAAUAACUAAGAAAACUUGAUAAAUCAAUUUCAGUUCUAUUAUUCAAGAGUUUAGAAGUUUGUAAAUUAAUUGAAAAAGAAGGAGAACUGACAGAUUAAAAUAUUUUACAAGCUAUGGAACAAGAUGGAAAGUGUUCUUUUGAUAAAUUUAUAAAUGAGAAAACAUAAUAGCAGCUUCAACGCCUUUUAAAAUUGGCUGAAAAGCAAUAAUAAUAUUUAAAUUCAAAAUCAAUUAGUAUUGAUGAUUGGGAUUCUGAUUUAACAAAAGCCAUUUCUAAUUAUCAAGUGAUUAGUACAAAAUUAUUCUUAAAUCAAUAAAAAGUCUAAGCCAAUUAAAAGCAAUCUCCAAAAUAAUAACCUGUAUAACAUGUUUCGAAAGAUCAAAUUGUCUCUGCAGCUAAUUUUAUUGAUGAUAGAUCUAUAGUACAUGAUUAAUAAUAGAUCCAAGUACUACCCUAAACAACAUAAUAAGUUUCAUAAAUUAUCAAAAGUCCAAAAAUAGAAUAGUAAAAUACCACAUUAUUAACUGUUCCUGCCAAAACAUUUUCAUAAAAUAAUCUGACAAAACCUGGAACCUCUCAUGAUACAAUUUCAAGAUCCAAUUUAUCCUCUAACACUCAGAUGACUGAAGCAGAACUUGAUAUGAAAAUUUAGAAUGCCAUGAGAUUACAAAACAGAAUCUUUAGUGAAUUGGGAAAUAUUAAAGAUCUCUCUUUUAGAAGUCUUAAGUGA